AUGCAAGUUGAAACAGUGCCAACGAAGCCAUAUCAAGACCAGAAGCCAGGUACUUCUGGUUUGAGAAAGAAAACUAAAGUUUUCAUGGAGGAGCCUAACUACACUGAGAACUUCAUACAGGCGAUCAUGGAUGCUAUUCCAGAAGGAGCCAAGGAUGCUGUUCUUGUGGUUGGUGGUGAUGGUCGUUUCUACAACGAUGUCAUCAUGCAGAAGAUUGCGGCUAUUGGUGCUGCCAAUGGUGUGCGUAAGUUGAUCAUUGGUCAGAACGGGCUGCUGUCUACUCCAGCUGCAUCUCAUGUUAUCAGAUCCUAUGCCGAGAAGUGUACCGGUGGUAUUAUCUUGACCGCGUCUCAUAACCCUGGUGGUCCAGAGAAUGACUUGGGUAUCAAGUACAACUUGGCCAACGGUGGCCCAGCACCUGAGCCGGUGACCAACAAGAUGUGGGAAGUCUCCAAGCAAUUGACCCAUUACAAGAUAAUCAAGGAUUUCCCACAAGUCGAUUUCUCCAAGAUUGGUAAGGACCAGCAAUACGGUCCUUUGCUAGUGGAUAUCAUCGACACAACAGAGGAUUACGUGAAGUUCAUGAAAGAGAUCUUCGACUUCAAAUUGAUCAAGGAAUUUAUUCACAAGCAAAGAGAAGCCAAGAACUGGAAACUGCUUUUUGACUCCUUGAACGGUAUUACCGGUCCAUACGGUAAGGCCAUCUUCGUCGAUGAAUUUGACCUACCAGCUGAUGAAGUACUACAAAACUGGCACCCACAACCGGACUUCGGUGGUCUGCACCCUGAUCCAAAUUUGACCUACGCUCACACUUUGGUCGAGAGAGUCGACCGUGAGAAGAUUGAGUUUGGUGCCGCCUCAGAUGGUGACGGUGACAGAAACAUGAUCUACGGUGCUGGCCCAGCUUUCGUCUCUCCUGGUGACUCUGUUGCCAUCAUUGCUGAGUACGCUAAGGAAAUUCCAUACUUCCAAAAGCAAGGUAUCUACGGUCUAGCCCGUUCUUUCCCAACUUCUGGUGCCAUUGACCGUGUCGCCAAGGCUCAAGGCUUGAACUGUUACGAAGUGCCAACUGGCUGGAAGUUCUUCUGUGCUUUAUUCGAUGCUAAGAAGCUGUCCAUCUGUGGUGAAGAAUCCUUCGGUACUGGUUCCAACCACAUCAGAGAAAAGGAUGGUGUGUGGGCCAUCUGUGCUUGGUUGAACAUCCUUGCACUUUACAACAAGCACAACCCAGAGAAGGAAGCCUCUAUUAAGACCAUCCAAGAAGAAUUCUGGGCCAAGUACGGCCGUACUUUCUUCACUCGUUACGACUACGAAGGUAUCACUACUGAAAAGGCUAACAAAGUUGUGGAUUUGCUAGACAAGUUUGUCAAUGAUCCAAAAUCCAAGAACGCUCCAUUCCCAGGCGACGAGUCCUUAACUGUCUCCGACUGUGGUGACUUCUCUUACACAGACCUAGACGGUUCUGUAUCAGACCACCAAGGCCUGUUCGUCAAGCUAUCCAAUGGUGCCAGAUUCGUACUAAGAUUGUCAGGAACAGGUUCCGCAGGUGCUACCAUCAGACUAUACAUCGAAGAAUACAGUGACGACAAGUCUACCUACACACAAUCUGCAGACCAAUACUUGCAAAAGAUGAUAAAGUCUGUCACUUCAUUCCUAAACUUCAAGGAAUUGAUCGGUACCGAUGAGCCAACAGUCCGUACCUGA